AUGGCAGAGUUCUCGCUACAGUUCUCCUCAACUCCCCUUGCGGAUACCUCCGCGUUCAGAUUGCUCGAGCUACCGCCGGAGCUGUGCAAAAUCGUCGAGGAAGGGUUGAACUCCCCCGCAGGUCCUAGCCUCGUGAUAAAAGGGAACCCGGAUGAAGACGCGGUGCUAUGUACAGCCGACAAGACAUAUACAAUCCGCUCGGUGGUCUUGUCGAACUCCGUGCUGGUAGCGACACCCGAUUCCUCGACGAAGUCUCAAGGAGAUGCCGAUGCGGUUGUCAUCAGAGAUCAACUAAAGGAGAUUCUGGAACUCGCCCCUUCUCUGCCUCGCCUUCGGAGGCUAGACGCACUAUUAAAGGAUGCAGAGUACAAUGAGGGACAUGAGGAUGAGGAUGGUCGCAUGAGCGAGGAUGAAGACAGUGCACCUGUACUGACAUAUGCCGAGGCGCGAGAAACGCUGCAAGCCAGCGAUAUUGAGCUCGAUCGGGGCCUCAGGGACAGGCGAGUACUCAUUCUCGGCGGUUACCUGCGACGCCUCGCCCCUUCCUACCUCACGACCAUCCUCGAACUUCUGCUCACCAACCUUGUGUCUCUGUCGCUUUCGCACGAAGCGGCGUCGGUUGCUGAACUAUGCUCAGCCCUUGAUGGGCAUGACGUGAGUAGGGAUGUGUGUCGGCAGGUGAUGGCCUGGUUCGGUGAGGUCGCAGACGGUAAGUGGAAAGUGAACGUAGCUGCUGCCGUCAAAGAAGUCGGCCUCGGCAUCUUGAGGGCUUACAAGGAUGAUCCAAUCGCGCAGAGUGAGCUCCUUGCUAAGUGGUGUUCAACUGUCGGAGACACAUUCGAAUCUACGGUGUCCCUUGACCUGCUCGCGGGUAACUACCUUGUACAAACUGACACCCUCAAAGACCCACCUGUCACCGCCCUUGCGUAUUUCCCGUCUUCACAGCUCCCUGUCGACCCCGCGGCUCGCUUCACUGAUCUCUUCCUCACGCGACCUCGCUGGAAAGCUGACGAAAUAGUGCCAUUUCUUGCUGACAUUGUUGUCGACUCGAAGGAGCGCGACAAGCUCCUGCUCAAAUAUACUAGAACCAUCACAAACACUGAAGGGAUAUGGUAUACGGCACGCGCAAAAUACAAUGGAUAG